AUGAGGCUGGCUGCGGAGGACGAAGAAGCCCUGACUCCACUCCCUGAGUGGAGGAGAGUGCUGGACCUGGCCUUGCGGGCCUUGAAGUUUCCAUGGAAUCUGAAAAUCAGCAACCCAGAGGUCAGGUUGCGUAUCCUGAUCCAAGGUCCGGUCGGAACGGGAAAGUCCAGUUUCAUCAACUCCAUUGAGAGCAUCUUUCAGGGCCACAUGGCUCAGGGAGCUUUAACUGAUGCUAUUUCUGCUUACAGUUACACUACAACGAAGACCAUUCCACAUCUCACAGCAUGUUGUGUUUGUAGUUCCGCACUCAAAGUUAAAGAUGGGAAAGGUGGGUUCCUGCCGUUCAUCAUCAAUGACAUCAUGGGUCUGGAGAAGGGGGGCGGUGGAGCCUGUGUUGAAGACCUCAAGAUGGUGCUAAAGGGCCAUAUCAAGGAUGGUUAUGUUUUUAACCCUUUAGCCCCUGUAAGAAAAGGAGACACAAAAUACAACAGCAGCCCUGAUCUGAAGGAUCAGAUCCACUGCCUGGUCAGCAUGCUCCCUGCAAAUAAUGUCAGCCUUCUGGAUGAAUACGAUGCCACUGGCGUCAUAAGCAAACUCCGGGAUAUCAGAAAAAAAGCCACUGAACUGAGAAUCCCACAAGUAAUUCUCUUGACAAAAGUGGAUGAAGCCUGUCCUAUAGUCGACAAAGACCUGAAGAUGAUCUACAGAAGCAAGAAAAUCAAAGAGAAGGUGUGUGUCUGUAGUAACAAGUUGGGUGUCCCCAUGAACUGUAUCUUCCCGGUUAAGAACUACGAUCAUGAGAUUGACCUGAAUGAUGAUGUGGACAUGCUGCUCCUCUCUGCUCUCAAAAACAUGUUGUACUUUGCUAAUGACUAUGUGGAUGAGCAAACAGAAUGAUCUUUUCCUUUCCGUCUUUACUUGAUUAUUUUCUUAAAUUCCUUGACCUGACCUUUUCAUUGUAAUAGUACACGUUCAAAAGACAUUUCUUUUCACAAUAGCAUGUACAAAGUCCGGGAGGAGACAUUGCAAGAUUGUUUUGUAUGUCAAGAGAAUGUUCGCUCUUUUUAUUAUUUACUAAUCGUGUGCUCAUUUGACAAAAUUGGGUCAUUUUACUAGAUACUAGAUACACACAGUUUAGUAUAUUGAGCACUUGUUUUACUACAUACUGUAGUGCGCUCAUUUUACUAAGUUGUGUGCUUGUUUGAGUAAAUAGUUCACUCAUCUGAGUAAAAGUAGUGCACUCAGUUUACUAAAUUGUGCACUCAUUAAAAAAAAAUCAUAAAAUGAGUGCACAAUUUAGUAAAUUGGUGUAUGUGUUCACUGAUGUGCAUGCCUGUGUACACAUUUUGCAAAGACGUAUUCACAGAUGUAUCCUUCAGAUGUAACCUGGUGUGCAGUAGCCUGUAAGUUGUGGGUUCAAUUCCCAGAUUUCUUUGUGCCCUUGACCUCUGAGGAGAAUGCUAAAUGUAAUGUAGACCUCUGAUGUGUGCAACACAUAGUUCAACUUGUACAGUAAGAGAAUGUAUAUGUACCUGUAAUCAUUCAUACAAUGCAAAAGGACUCUGCUCUCUAUAAUAUAGAGACAAUAAACUGAACUGAGUUAAACUCAUGGAGACAGAUAAAGAUGUCAACUCCUCAACAUAAA